AGCCAGGCAGUGAUAUGAGACAGAGACUUCACACUGAGGAAAAAACACACUCAACACUGACACAUAUUGCCUAUUGUCUGACCAUAGGCUGGGUAAAAUGGCAGAUUUUUUUGAAUACACAACAGAAGACCCAACAACCGAUGAAUUUGGCUCAGGGUACACUGACGACUAUGACGGCAGCUCCACAUCAGGGUUGUGUGAAAAGAGCGGGGUGCGGGACUUCCGUGCUCAGUACGAGCCCCCGCUCUUCUGGGUCAUCUUCGUGCUGGGCGCCAUGGGCAACCUGAUGGUGGUGUGGAUCUACACGACGGUCCGCCACCGUCUGAAGACCAUGACGGACAUGUACCUUCUCAACCUGGCCGUGGCCGACCUCCUGUUCCUGGGCACGCUCCCCUUCUGGGCAGCUGACGCCCUCAAGGGCUGGGAGUUUGGCCUGGGCUUCUGCAAGGUGGUGUCGGCCGUCUACAAGAUCAACUUCUUCAGCAGCAUGCUCCUGCUCACCUGCAUCAGUGUGGACCGCUACAUCUCCAUCGUCCAGGUCACCAAGGCCCACAACCUGAAGGGCAAACGUCUCUUCUACAGCAAGCUGGCCUGCCUGGGCGUGUGGACCAUCUCCAUUCUCCUGGCCCUGCCUGAGUUCAUCUUCGCCCAGGUGAAGAAGGGUCAGCAAGACCUGUCCUUCUGCACGAUGGUCUACGGGGUGAACCUGCACAACCGGACCAAGAUCCUGGUUCUGUCCCUGCAGAUCUGCAUGGGGUUCUGCCUGCCUCUCGUGGUGAUGACGCUCUGCUACUCUGUCAUCGUCAAGACCCUGAUGCAGGCCCGCAGCUUCGAGAAGCACAAGGCCCUCCGCGUCAUCUUGGCCGUCGUGGCUGUGUUUGUCCUCUCCCAGCUGCCGUACAACAGCCUGCUGGUGAUCGAGGCGUCCCAGGCUGCCAACAUCACCAUCACCACAUGCAGUCUGGUCAAGCAGUUUGACGUGGCAGGCCAGGUGGCCAAGAGCCUGGCAUACACCCACGCCUGCAUCAACCCCCUGCUCUACGUGUUCAUCGGGGUGCGUUUCCGCAGGGACCUGGUGAGCAUGCUGAAGCGGUGCAGCUGUGCCCUGGGGCGUCAGGGGAGCCUCAGCAAGACUGUCCCCAAACGCCCCUCCGUCAUGUCAGACACCGAGAGCACCCCCGUACUCUCCUUGUAACUGCUCCCUACCCCCCCCCCCCUCCCAUGGUCAAGGAAUUUCCCUGGACUCCCCCCCCCCCCCCCACCCAUCCUGAUGGAAUGGCUUGCUGCCUUGUCAUCUUCAUGCCCCACCACUUCAUAAAGAUCUCAUGGUUGGUCUAUCUUCUGGGGGGUCAUGUCCACUAUCGCUUUUGUCUUAGAAAGAUACAGUACAAUGUGCAGCUGCUACUUCUCUGCAUGCACUCCUUUAAUCUUUCUGGUGUCUCACAAUACUCAAGUGACAACUGUCUAGUUUUACUGAAUAUCAUGCAUAUCAAGCGGACUGCCAUCUAGAAACUACUACAUUGUGGAUCAUUACAUGAUCAAAUGGAGAAUGUACCAAUUUAUGUUUUGACCCAUGGUAUGUCUGCAUGCCCCCCCCCAGACAUAAUCUCCACCUGCGAGUACAUCCCUACUCUCCUCUACAGACUUAUAGUACUUCCCACCCAUUAUAGCUGAAGAGCUGUCUUUGUUUCACAUUGAGGUCAUUCAACAUUUAACACAAGUGAUACACCAAAAUCAUUCAGUCCUUGUAUAAACUGUACAUUACUGUACAUAGGUUGAUUAGUGUAGGUUGAUUCAUUAUUUGUGUGUUUGUGUUUUUAUUGAUACUAUCAUUGUACUCUCAGUGUUAGCUGUGUGCAUUUUAGAGGCACCUGGAAAAAAAUGUGGUACCAGAGAAAAAAAAAACAAUAAAGAAAUAAGUAAAAUGUU